GCCUUCUUCUGGAAAGUUUAUAUUUGAGUGUUUGGAGAUCUAGGUGAGCCUGAUAUACUUUUGGGUGCCACGGAGGGAGACACACCUUUAACUGGGAAUUAACACAGGCAUUGAAGAUCCCAGUACUAUGAAGCUUCUGCUGUGUCUGAGUUUAAUUUUCUGCCUGGUGUCAGCGGAGUCACCAUUGAUUUGCUACAUUUGCAGGUUUGAGAUCAGUUCAUUCUGCUUUUCCAUUUCCGGAUUUGAACCCUGCAAUGGAGUUUGUACCACCGUCAAUGUUUCUUUCGGAAAAAGCUUGUUGUUCACGAAAAGAGGAUGCACAACAAAGUGUCCUGAAGAUUUCAAUUUAUGGAGCUUCCAGAACAAUGGGACUUGCUGCGACACACAACGGUGCAACUACGAGAAUUAAGAUGACCCUUGUUUGGGCCUUUUGAAAAAAAAUUGCUUUCUAAUGGAAAAAAACUAUUUGUACUGGCCAUAGCAACCAAUCAAAUUUCUGGUAUAAAAAAUGUAAGCAUAAUCUCAGAUUAGUUGCCACUUGCUAUAGGCAACACUGUGAUCUGUUGUUGGUGACUUUUCUUAUGAAUGACUCCCAUUGUUUGGGAUGUUCCAUCGGUAUGCAUUGCCUGAUGUCAAUUCUAGGCCUGAUUAAAGGAGUUGUAAAGGUU